GAAAAUGUUAUUUUCCGAUCAACAUUUUUAUUCUCAGAGCAGAUUCAACCCUCUCUCCUCUUGCAUUUAUCUUCCAUAUAAAUCAUACAACUUCGAUACAAACUUCCGCAAAUUACUCUGAAAAUUAAAAAAUUGACCUGGAUAUAACAUUUCCGAUUUCCCGAUUUCCGUAAAAAAUACCGUUAGAAAAUUAACGGUAACUACCAGGCUUAAUGAACAGAGACGGUAUCUAACCUCACCACCAGUCAAACCCUCCGCAUUUCACCGCCGCCGCCUUGCUCAAACGACGAUGCGAUCUCACAUCUCCACCUUACCGGACUCAAUGCUCGCAGAAAUCCUCAAAAGACUCUCACUCAAAACCCUUUUGAUCUGCCGCAGCGUUCAAAAAUCAUGGUACCAUUUUCUCCAAACACCCCACUUCACUAAUCUCCACUUCACUUAUCAACAAAUCAAUCUCAAUAAAUACCUCUUGUUCAAAGACAUUUUCGAAAACCAUGUUCUCUCAUUACGCUAUGAUGAUGAAAAAUGUAAGGAAUCUCGGGUCAAGCCCGAAAUCCCACCUGCUUUAUCUGCUAAGCAUGAGAAAUUGAAGCUUUUGAGCUCAUUUGGGUUGAUUUGUUUGCAUUGUGAUGCUACUAGUUUUCCCAGAUGUGUGAAAUACGCGUUUUUCGAUAUUUAUUUGUGGAACCCGAUUGUUCGGAAAUUGAAGAGGGUGCCGGAUGUGCCGGGUAUUCCGGCUCGGCUCUUCUCGUCUCGUAUUUAUUGGAGGAAUUUGGCUUUUGGGUAUGUGCCGGAGAUUAAUGAUUAUGUGGUUGUCGCGAUUAUUAGUUUUAAUGAUGGUGAUGUUAGUUAUGAUGAUGAUGAUCAUGAUGAUUAUGACGGUCUUAGAUAUUCGAACAAUACUUUUUCUGUGGUUAAGCGUGAAGCGCGAUCUUUGUUCAUUUGUGUGUAUCGUCUCUCCACGAAUUUGUGGAAAAAGAUAAUUAGGAAAGAUGAAUAUCCUUUUGGAGAAAUUGAUACAAGUUUUGAACCCGUUGUUGUUAAUGGUACUGCAAUUUGGCGUAUGAUGUAUGGGAUACCAGAUCUUUUGUACUAUGAUACCAUGGAGGAUUUAUUGGGCAUUAUAAGAGUUCCUACCGAGGCUUACAAUCGGAGGUGGUCUAAUCUCAUUCCUCCUCCUAUGGCGCUAUUAGGUCAGUCAAUUGUUUGUUUUAAUAAGGAUCUGGAUUUCCAAGAAUCUGGUCUUUACAUUUGGACAUUGAAAGAGGGUGACAAGAGACGACGCAAACUCAAAAAUGUACACAGCAGGGGGGAAAUGUAUUUUUGGGAGAAAAAGAUUUGUGUUGGGCUAGAAGAAAGUGCUAGAUUGGACUUUGUAGGUUCAAGGAACAAUGGUGAACUCAUAUUCCCUAAAUUGUAUCAAUGUCACUUGGUUUCCUAUAAUGUUGAGAAGGGCGAGGUAAAUGAUUUUGUUCAGUUUUGGUAUAAGUGGUUCUCGCAUGGAAUUGCAAGAGGUAAGAACCAUUACGGCUUUGAAGACCGCAAACUUGAUAUUAUAGCAGUACCUUUUAGUGUACACCCAUUCGUGGAGAGUCUGGUUUUGCUUGAUGGGGAUUCCCUUUAGUCGAUGCAACCAAAUAUUAGUGGCCUUGGGAUUCCACUGCCUGUGCCUGCCUGAUGUUAAUGGUGAAAGCAAUCGUCCAGGGGAACUCUGAAGGUUGAUGGGUAUGAAACAUGGAACAAACUGGAAACAGACUUUUGGCAUCAAUAGUCAGGAAUUUAUAACAAUGACGUAGACACGAGUCCUUGCUGUAUAAUUAGUUAUCGUAAUUGAGUUCUGUGUAGCAAGUUUCAGUAGAAUAUAACUCCCCAUCAAUUGUUUACAAUGCUUGCGGAAGAGUGAUGAGCCAACAAGGUGCCAAAUGCCAAAAGACUAUGCUGAUAAAACUCUUAGGAGGCAUCACCUUGUUAUCUCUAUGGUACCUUUGAUCAGCUGUUCUGCGCUUGUAUCUCUCGAACUUAUAAUCGUACUUGCACACAAUGUUGACUUUGUCCAUUGUGUUCUCUGAACUCAUUCAUAACAAUUCGACUGCUUCUAUAGACGGCAUGGUUUCUUUAGCAGAUUACUCUUGUUCAAGUUUAGGUAUAGAACCUAUGAGAAAGUUCUUGCAAUCUCUUAGACCAUAUUCUUGUUCCUUACUUCUAUUGCUGCAUAAGUAGUGUAAUUACUGUAUGUUGCUCAGAUUAUUGGAAUUCUCUUGCAAACAAUUGAACUGCUGGGUGCUGAACAGAACUUGUACCAAUUAUUUUCUGAUUGCCAACUACUUUUUAACAACUUUGCGAGUUUUACUC